AUAAAACAUAAUUUUAUAAAUUACAAAAUGCCCUUCAAUACAAAAAGCAGUGUUCACUUCGUUUUCAUUUGUUACUUUAAUGUUAAAAAAGGAAACUCAAAUUUAAGGAUGCUUUCAAUUGGCAGACAAAAUGACAGUGUUUUAGUUGCCCACAAAAAGGUAUGCCAAAUUGGAAAAUGGAAAGACUUCAUCGGAUUCCACGCAGUGUCAGCACCAAUCAAGCAGCAACCGCACCAGCAAUACGACUUUGGAGCGCAGCUCUACCGAUUAUGGCGAAUUGCUUUCUUCGAAUCGGUUAUUGGCUCUCUUCGAAUCGGCAAUGGCUCUCUAUUUUCGGACAAUCAAAUAAAAAGGUAUUUUUUAAAUUUGCUGGAUCGAUACUGCAUCCACGAUCGCGUGCAUCGCGCCAGCAGCUGGGACCAAGAGGGUCCUGACAUAGCGACCGCGCCAGGAAUACUUCUUGGGUGCUCGCGGACACCGUUAUGCCCACCAUCGUUUACCAGGGGCUUUACCCUUCUAGUCUUCCGGUUCUUAUGAGCGAGAGUGACCAACUGAUAUCGCGAACUCCCCGCCUAAAUGUGACCCCGCCCCUGCUCCUGCACUGUGGCAGCCAUGAUGCCGCUGAGUCGACAAUCUGGCGUCCCGUCCGAUGCUGCAGGGACCAGUGAUGACGACCACGGGAAAUAAUAUCGGCAACUGCCCAUACAUACGCCACCGAAUCAAACACUGGGCCUCAGCUUCGAGAAGCAGGACUGAUUUACCCUACGCUUUGCUCCAAAUCGUGUCGUAUCCGAUUUCUCCCCGCUAGACGGAGUUCUAUCAAAGUAUCCCAGCCGGAUCCCAGAAGGACAGAAGCGCACCCCUUGCAAGAUGAGAGCCAAAAAAGCCAACGUCAUCCUUCGACCUGGCCAUCGACAACAACGAUUUUGACGAUGGCAACCAAGGCAGGGGCUACGCAGGCUACUAGACUCUAGAUAGGUAUCAUUGUUGUUAGGUUUAAGGAUAUACGCGUCUAUAUAUUUAGAUACUAGAUAUUUUUUCCACUUGCUUAUUUAUUUCUAAUAAGCUAAGUUAUGUUGAAUAAAACUAUUGAAAAAUUA